CUUUUACUUCCUCUUUCAAAUAAGGAAAAUCUGCACAUGACUCUAUGAAAAGAAUGUGCUUUUGUUUGAAAUAAAAAAGAUGUAUGGAUUUAUCAUUUGUUUAAAUAUAUGUAGUUUCAUUUUUAAAUCGAAUGCUCUAUGUAGUACAACUUCAAAUGGCACCAAGCGUUACGGAACAGACUGCAAAUAUAACUGUCACUGCAUUAACAAUGAACAAUGUGACGCUGUAACUGGAGACUGUUCAUCAGGGUGUGACUUUGAAUGGGUAGGACCUGGUUGCCAGUUCAAAAAUAUUGCAUUUAAAGAAGACUCUCGCCAUACUGAUAACAUACAUCCUCCAAUGUAUUCAGAUCUGGCUAAUGAUAAUCAUACAUCUACAUGUAGCUUUACUGGUACUGCUGGUACGACGAGAACGGUUGCACCUUGGUGGACACUUUGGUUGCCUUACUCCGCAACAUUUAGAAAACUCGUGUUUGUCACAAAAGAGAAGUAUUUACCAUAUUUUUCGAAUUUCAAACUAAUUGUUCAGAACGUCUCAAACUCGGACUUCAAAAGCAAAGUAUAUAGUACCGACGGAGUGUUGUGUUAUCAGCAUGACGCCUCCAUUACAAAAGAGACAACUGUGCAAGUCACAUGUACCAGUGUACCUGUCGGGAAUCUUAUACGACUACAACUUGCUAAUACGUCUACACAGCUCGUAAUCUGUGAUUUUAGAGUAUAUAAAGGAUGUGAGAGUGGUUUCUUUGGCUCAGACUGUAGAGAACAUUGCAGUAGUACGUGUUACCCUUCAGGACAGUUUACUUGCGAUAAUAUUGAAGGAGCAUGUUUAAAUGGCUGCGUUGCUGGAUGGAAAGGCACUCAGUGUGGGAACGAAUGUGAGCAUGGUAAAUGGGGCAGAGACUGUGCAGAAACAUGUGGCAACUGUUUUUCUGCAACAUGUAACAAAACAAAUGGUCACUGUCCUAACGGGUGUGAUGCUGGAUUUAAAUUGACAGACCUAUGCACUGAAAAAUGCAGUAAUGGUUAUUAUGGGAAAAAUUGUAAGCACCAAUGCAGCAGCACUUGUUCCCUUUCCUCGGGAUCAGUCAUCUGUGAUUAUAUAAAUGGAACUUGUUUAAAUGGCUGCAAAGUUGGUUGGAAAGGUCUCAAGUGUGAAAGCGAAUGUGAAGAUGGUAAAUGGGGCCCUGGCUGUGCAGCAAAUUGUGGUAACUGCUAUUCAGCAACAUGUAACCAUGUAAAUGGCGAAUGUCCAGAUGGAUGUGCUGCUGGAUUCAAACCAACAACGUUAUGUACCGAAAUGUGCAAUAAUGGGUUCUACGGGAAAGACUGUAAACACAACUGCAGCCGCACGUGUUCUCUUUCGGGAUCAGUCAUCUGUGAUAAUAUAGAUGGAAGUUGUUCAAAUGGUUGCAAGGACGGAUGGGAAGGUAUCCAGUGCGAAAAAAAAUGUGAAGAGGGCAAAUGGGGCAAUGGCUGUGCAAACAAGUGUGGUAACUGCUCCUUUACAACAUGCAACAAUGAAAAUGGUGAAUGUCCAAACGGAUGUGCCUGGGGAUUCAAAUCAACAAAAUUUUGUGAUAAAGAAUGUGACAGUGGAACUUAUGGAGUAAACUGUUCCAGCAUUUGCAGUGCUAAUUGUAACAGUGUUUGCGAUAAGGUCAAAGGAACAUGUUCGCCAUGUAAAGCUGGCUGGAAGGGAACAAAUUGCAUAACAGAAUGUGAACCUGGUAAAUGGGGUAUUAGCUGUGCUGAGGAUUGCGGCAAGUGCAAAAAUGAAAGUGCAUGUAACAGGUCUAAUGGAACCUGCUUUGGAGGAGGGUGCAUGCCGGGUUAUAAACUUACAGAGAGGUGUGAUGAAGAAUGUGAUGUUGGGACAUAUGGUGUUGCCUGUAAACAAAACUGCAGUGAAAGUUGUGCAGAGAUAUGCAGCAUUUUCGAUGGGAAGUGUGGUCGUUGCCAUACAGGAUGGACAGGAGAUCUAUGUGCCCUACAAGUUACAAAACCCCCAGAUGAUUCGAGUCCCGUCGCUUCAGUUGCUGGUGGUAUAUCCGGAGCUGUCGUAGUAGCCAUUAUUGCUGUUGGUCUCGUAUUAUUUGUUAAAUUGAGACGAAAACAACAAAAACCACUAGUGAACAACGACGCUGAAUUCAGCCAUGCUUUGAAUGAUGAAAAUCCCGAACUUAUUAAUGAGCAGCCAGAUUCCGGCAAUAUCUAUGUAAAUUCUUCAAACUUACACAACGUAAAAGAGACUCCAAAUAAAUCACAAGGCCUAUCUUCAGACGACCAGGAGCAAGAGUCAGACUACUAUAACGCACAAUCUCGACACGAAGUCCUUCUGUCCGAACUCGAAUCAUACGUCAAAACAGGGUUAGCAAACAAAGAAUAUUUCAUCACCCAGUUUAAACAAAUACCGUACGGUAUGCAGUAUCCAGCCAAUGUUGCAACCAAGCCAGGACAUUAUGGCAAGAAUAGAUACAAAUCCAUGUAUGCAUAUGACCAUUCCAGAGUUAUAUUGAAAGCUUUGCCAGAUCUUCCUGACUCGGACUACAUAAAUGCUACUUAUAUAAUGGGAUGUUCUGGCGGUAAUGACUAUAUCGCAGCUCAAGGGCCUAUUUCAAACACGCUCGAAGACUUUUGGAGAAUGAUAUGGGAACAGAACAUCAAAACAGUUGUAAUGGCUACAAACCUCUCUGAAGAAGGCAAGAUGAAGUGCAUACAGUAUUGGCCAGAAGCAGGCAAAAGUGUGCGCGCGGUGUCCAUGCAGUACUGA